UGAAGAUUCAAAUCUCAUGCCCAAGCCGAGGAAAUCCUUUGGUGUCUCGAACUCUAUUUUCGGACCGCUGCGGUUUGGCAGUGUUCUGCAGACCUGGACCGACAUAUCAAGGAUUAAUUAUGUAUCUGCUUUGUCUUUCUCGGAUUUUAAAAAAGAGUCCACUCUUGCAAGUUUGAGUAUGUUGCCAAAGAAUUUUACAAAUUUCGAUUUUGAUACUGGUACGUUAGAAAGCAAAAAUUUUGACAGCACGAUUUCUGAAAGGUUUCUGGUAAAUGUUACGUCACUUUUGAAUGAAGACCAAUUAUGGGGAUGUUUUUACAACUUUCCGUACCUGUACGAAGAUGCAUACUCUCCAAUCGUUCGUAUCAAAAAGAUAGAAGAUGUUCCGGAGCUCGAAGCGGGAAUACUCAGGAGAGACAUGGUCACUGCAUGCCUUAGUUAUUUAAAAAGAACGCCUAUUUUGGGAGACUACGUUUACAUCAAACUAAAUCUGUCAUCGAAGUAUUUGACAAAUAUAGAUGUAUUGCAACAUUAUAAAUACUUAGUAUAUUUAGACCUCUCCUCAAAUUUAUUGAAUGAUCUUAGCGUCCUCUCAAAACUGCUAUAUUUACAAUAUUUGUCUGUGAAUUAUAACAGACUAAAAACUGUUCUAGAUUACAAAACACCGCAAUGGUUUCUAACUGAAGUACACUACAGAUAUAACUCAGUGUUAGCAAUUCGUGACCUGAGCGCUCUAUGGUCUAUUACUGUACUGGAUUUGUCGCACAAUAAUAUAAAAGAGAUAAGUGGACUACAAAGUUUAAGGUAUUUGCGUCAUCUCGACCUCUCGUUCAAUCAUAUCCAACGAUUGGAAAAUCUGAAUCACCUUCGUCUAUUGUGGUUGGACGUCUCCUAUAAUAACUUAUCGAGCUUCGAGUUUGGAACUGAUACAGGCCUUUGGACAUUGUUACAUCUCGAAUAUCUUAAUUUAAAUGAGAACAACCUUAUGUCCAUGAAAAUAUUUUCAGGGUGUACAAGAAUACGAGAAUUGCAUGUAAAGAAUAACCGGCUUAGUAUGCUGAUGGAACUAGCGGUAUAUAUGCGGAAGUUGAGACGGCUAAUGCUUUUGGACCUACGCUCCAACCCAGUAUGCAAUGUCCCGGGGUAUAAGGACGUCGUUAUUAAUACUUUUCCCUCUUUGCUCAACAUGGACGCUAGGGAUUUGGAUCCCGUUGAAAAGCGAACUUCGAUGAUGUACAUGUCACCUGACGUGCUGAUGUUCUCUAGAAGACGUCUUCUCCGCUUGCUCUACAUCCAGCAGUUGACGAGGUCCAAGGUCUCGCCCUACGUACCCCCGGCCGAUAUUACUGAUGUUCCAAUCAUUGUACUUGUCGGCUAUGAAGCUAUUGGUAAAGGAAGCCUAGCCCGUCGCCUCGCAGUUGAAUGCAGCUCAAGAAUAGAUCUUGCGUUGCAGCACACAACAGCCUUAUACCAUUACGCAAAUCAUUACAAAGUUAUAACGAGGCGAAACUUUGACGACAUGCUUCUCGCGGGCGACUUCCUCACUUAUAGCGAAAUGGAUGGCGAAUCAUAUGGACUGAGUCGGGAGGAAGCUUUCGUGAAAGAUGGAAAAGUGAAGCUGGUUACUAUGGACUUGUAUGGAGCUCUAAUGUUAAAAAUGCGUGGCUAUCGACCAUUUCUUAUAUUAGCUAAUUGUCUAGAUAAACGAAUCCUUGCUCAGAGGCAGAAUGAACGCAAAGAAGCAAGAAACAUAGCCAACGAAAAACAAUUACACACUAUACAAUCUCCCAAGGAGUCAUCGGCAUUACAAGUAUUACUGUCCGGGCGUAUCAUUAUUAACGGAAUACUUAAUGAGAUUCUACAGCUCUUGCCAGAUUAUAAGCAGAAAAGUGAAUUCACGAUUGGUUCAGAAUGUUCGCUAAUGAUGGACAGUGAAGUACGUCGAAAUCAAGAUUUUAAGAGUAUCAACAGAAUCGCAAUGUCAAUUUCGAGCUCGACAUUACUGGAAGACAAGCGUGAUCUGAAUAAAAGUAGCGGAAUCGAUUCCGGGCUGUACUCUCUUUACAAAGACAAUCAAGGCGUAGAGUAUGUCAGUGAUGUGUGUGGACUCGCAUCUUAUCAAGAGAGAAAUGCUUCCAAAAAAACGGAUGCUCGCAUGGUAAUAAAUAAAGAUCAAACCAAUGCACCUGGCCGAAAAAGUAUUGACUUUAGCAAGUCCUCUACAUGGAAAGGUUUUGACACAGCCGAUAGUAGGAAAUCAUCUAAGUCUGUCACUUUUACGUCUCCUGAAAACACCGUAUUUGUAAAACAUGUGCCUUCUACAUCUGGAACGAUGAUCGAACCGCACACAGAGACUGAAAAGCAGAAUUUGCUAAUAAAGUCAAUUAGCGCGAAGGUAGCGUGGCCGCAAACAGACGCGAAACCGCAGGACUCUGACCUAUGGCUCGCGUUCCUAAUUGAAAACGGCCUGCCUGUGAACAGCGAUACUAGUGAAGUGUACGACGAGAAUCAAAGAGAAAACAAAAUUGACGGUCCUGAUUUUUUAGUUGAUAAACUGGAUAGUUACAAAAAAAUACCUUCAGAAAGCUUUACAACAAACCUAAAAGAUGAUUACGAGGAAAUUCAUCGAAAUACACCUGGACUAUUCUAUGACACGGUCACUAUGGAUAAUCCUGAAACCGCAUUCUACAAAAUGAAGACAUUAAUUAAACAUAUUGUGAACUCACAGCAAGACUUCAAACCAAUGAUAAAUAUAGACUUAACCAAUAUGAAGAACUGCCCCAUAAUUAAGAAAAAGCUUGCAAAUAUUUGUAAACAAAUUGCUCCACAAAGGCUGUUUUACUAAAACAACAAAUUUAU